GACCGGCCGACGGGCGCCGCGAUUAAUUAACCCGAGACGUCGAUAACGCGCGAGAAACGUCACCGGAAACGUCGUCUUCGCGACUCACGCGCGAUUGCGUUGUCUUAGACUAAUCUAGAGUGUAGCGAUUAUCGUAACCAAUUGAUUCUAGUUGAAAUGAUAUCUCUGCGAGAGUAGUGCGUUAUACCGGGCGUAGCCUAGAGCGUUGCAAAAUGUCGAGGAAACACUCGGUUGUUGAUCAAACACCAUGGGACGAUUUACAGACCUCUUCGACGACCAAGACAACUACCAUGACGACGGCGGCCAAGCUGUACGGCAAGGAUCUGAGCGAGUAUGACGACAUUGACGUGGAUCAACUGCUGGCGGAGCUUACGCCGGAGGAACUUAACAUAUUGGCCAAGGAGGUGGAUCCUGAUGACAGCUUUAUGCCGCCUUCGCAACGUUGCAGCUAUGAAUGCGACAAGAGCCCCACAGGGCCGCUGAAUCGCAAGAAACUCAUUGAGCACAUCAACAAGCAAGCUUUAGAGACACCUGAUAUUCCAGAAUUGAAACCAUAUGUACCUGGUGUAGUUAGGGGCAAGAAAUGGGUACCUCCGCCGCAAGACAACACGAAAGAGAAGGAGGCAGAUGAACAGAUCGCGAUAGAUCUCGGGGAUGAGUAUGAACAGGCGCUUUCGGCGGCCACCCAAGAAGAAAUCAUUGAUCUUGCUGCUAUUCUUGGAUUCCAUUCUAUGAUGAAUCAAGAUCAGUAUCACGCGUCUCUACUGAAUUCUGGACAGCCAGUCGGACUCGGCUGGGACGGGGUGACAAAGGCUAGUCAACCAAAAGUUUAUCCGAUGGAACCGCCUAAUGACACAGACGUUGACGCUACCAUUAAACAAGUGCGGGACGAUGACUCGUCUCUAACUGAUUUAAAUUGGAACAAUAUUAAAAAUAUUUCGGACGAAAAGUUCAUCCAGUUGUUUGAAGGUUUGGAAAUGAAUACACAUCUCGAGUCGCUAAGUUUAACUAACGUUGGACUCAAUGACAAGACCGCACAACGGCUGGCCGAUGCCGUGGAGAAGAAUUCGACACUCAAAGUACUCAACGUGGAGACAAAUUUCAUAAGCCCGCCUGUGAUAGUAAGGCUCAUCAGGUCCCUUCUUAAGACAAAGUCUAUCGAAGAAUUCCGAUGUUCGAAUCAGAGGUCACAAGUAUUGGGUAACAAGAUUGAGAUGGAAAUCACACAAUUGGUAGAACAAAACCCGACGUUGCUACGACUCGGGUUGCAUCUCGAGUUCAAUGAUGCUAGACAUCGCGUAGCUGCACAUCUGCAACGCAACAUCGAUAGGAGUAACCGGGAGCUCCUAGGAGCUUUGUUCGCCUCGCGUGACGCCUUGUCGGCAUUAACACGUCAGUUGGAAGACAGCUUUAACACACGCCGACGUCGGUGCAACCGAAACUGACUGACGUCUUAUAACCGCGAGUGAAUCGCGCCCGAGCUCUAUUCCGCGCGAGUAUUUUUUUGCACGCGAGUACCGUUCAAUUAUGCACGCUCAUCCCAUACAGAGAGUCCGACUAACGAGUCUAAUCGAGCGCUCGCUGCGAAAGGGAUGAAUAAUUCUCUUUCUUUCGUUUCGAAGUAAUUGGCAUAAAAAAAUUAGCGUCGGCAUCUACGUGAAUGCCGGACAAACUAUUUUGGGGUCCUUUGAAUUUUUCUAAAAUCUCGCAGGUUCUCCGUGCAAUUUCUCGAAUGCAGCUAUUCUUUUAUCCACGUUUAGAAUCCCGAGAUUCGCAAGUUCUGAGAUACCGAAAUACCCGCGAGAUUGAUCGUCCUUAAUUUGCGGACUCGUCGGGAGUUCUUUUCUGUUUCACAAACCUCUCUUGCCGGAUUUUUUUUUUCUUCCAGCGAGUCUGGCUUUUAAAAUUUUACUAGCUCCAUGCGAGCUCGACUUGCGCGCGAAUUAUCGGGUUUUGCUCCGCGAGAUUUUAUGAGGUGCUAAUGCAGAUCGGCGCCGGGUGUCAUAACGAUGACAAAACGCCGGUCGCGCGGUAGCGUUAUUUUUAAAAUGCAAAUCGCAGAAGCUGCGAGAGAGAAAACAAUCCACUCUUUUAUCGGGGGAGGGGGAGGGGAGGAUUAACGAGGCGAGCCGCGUUAAUGAGCCCGCGAAACGUUCGCGCACCCGGCGCGAAAUUGCUAAUAUUUAUCCGCGGAUUGCGCGGUCUUUUAAAAUAAUAUUCGGCUUCCCGCGUGAACCAUGAAAUGUUAAUUGUCAAUGGGAACGGGUUACGUUACGCGCGCGGGAUUUAUAUGGUGACGGAAAAGAUCUCGCUCGUAAAUCGCGCCCGAAACUAGAAUAAACUGUAAAUAACGGCGCGCGGCUAUUACACGCCAAGCUUUAUGGGUUUUACGGGCUUUUAAUUAAGGCAGUGGUCGCUUUACGUUGUUUCCUGCCAUUUUACGCGGUAAAAAAAAAAAAAAGGGAAAACGCACAUUUGUCCGGUAUCAUAAUCAAUAUCGCUUUUAUUUUGCGCUUGAAUCCGAAUGACUUUCCGAUCGCCCCGUGCAGCUCCGCGCGGAUUUUAUCGGAUCUGAGGAUUUAACUGCGCGGGACCAAUUACAAUAAUUUUUGCGAUUUUAUUCAAAUUGCUCGCCCGUUUAUCGACCAAUUAGAAAUUUGCGAAUAACAGAAUGUCCGCGGAUAUCCGUGUUAUAUUCGCGGCGUCAUAUGUGCGAUUCGUCUCGCUAUCUCACUUGGGAACAAAGUAUAUUAACGUUAGCGAUAAUGAGCGCUUUGACUCUUUUAACGCUUCUCUGAAAGAUCUUUUCUCGCAGCGCGUCUCUAAUUCGCCAGUUUCCGAUCGCCUGCAAUUUUUCUCUACAUCGCGGCAUAGACUGAAAAUAUAUUAUAUUUCUCCUGAGAGUGAAGUCUGAGGAGAACUUUGUGUGUAAUUGGAUUAAUGUUUUUCGCAUCUCUCUGAUAAUUAACAACAACGCCGCGCCGCGUUGUGUCUUUGCCGGUUUCACACAAGAGACUUUUUUUUUCUCUCCACUAACCAGAGUCAUAAAAUUUACGACUCGCUAUCGAGCUGCUCUUCGGCAUUUUCGCGCGAUUCCCGUCGCCGUUACGUUCGCAAAUGCAUAUUAAAUCUUUAGACGCCACAGGUCCUUUGUAUGUCACACGCCUGUGAAGGCACGGCGUGCAAAAAAAUUUAGUGGAACGCAAUCGGGACGAGCGCGUUUUACGUCCUCGCCGUCGAUAAAUUACGGGGCUUUUAAAAUUUCCGCUCGAUGCCGCUAGACACGCGAGAAUAAUUACGAACUGGCGGAUUACCAGCCACGAAAACGAUCCGUGGCGGACAAAAGGGGAAAAUCGCGGAAAUUUUCUGCGCGCGCGAGAUUUUUUUUCUCGGAAUAUGCUCGGAUUGCACGUUGCGUCGGUCGAGGACUCUUAACGUCGAUGCGCAAGAGCAGCUCGCGAGACUGAUGCAUAUUGCAUGCAUUUCGAGGCAUGCCAUGUCGCUCGACCGAAAUGCGAAAUACGAGAGGUAGGUACACAGAAAAAUAGAGGAAAGAUACGCGAUACUCUCAAUCGAAUUAUCAUCACCGCCAGUGUUACGUGCGAUAAAUUGAAGCGUGUCGCGCGAUUGUGCGUACACUUUAUUCGUGACGAGUAGACAAUAAAAGUUCUCUCCCAUUAUAAGAUACAAUAUAGAGCCCUCGAAGAAAAGUUUACGCACUCGAGUCGAGUUUCUGAUUUGAUAACGGUGAAAAAUGGUGAAAUUGGCGCUCGUUUUAAUCGCGAGUGGCGUAAAAAGGGAAUUGCGAUUGCACAGAGAGCGAUGGAAUAUAUCCGCCGCCUCGCCCGAAACAAUUUGGCGAAGCGCCGGCGCGCGGGAGCGAGGGACAAUUAAAAAGCGACGCGCGUUCAGUGAUCCGCGAGGGUGUUUCACGUUUCCGCCGUGUUAUCCCCGCCAUGCGGCGGGAUUACUAUUUUACGGCGCGGAUUACGGCCGGGCGUUUCGGAGUGGUACGUCCGUCCCUUCAAUCAAGUAAUGUACCCUUCGCCGAGGCCAACGAUAGCCGAUCGAUCGGCACGUCAUCGCGUGCGCUGCCUAUUCGCGGAUCAACUCUGAAAAUCAGUUUUACGAAUAUCGCGUCUUUUCGGAAAAACGGACACGCGAGGAUAAGCCCGCAGGAUGAUGCCCGCGUAAGAAAUUUAGCGCAGUAACAAUUUCGGUAAAUAUAAAGAGAAAGAGAGAAAUUGGUGAAGAUAAUUAUAUAAAUCCAAAUAGCGCGUUUUCUUUCCCUCUUAAACAUCCGUACGGAAUUGGAAAUUGUCGAAAAGGAUUGAGAGAUCGCGCCUCUCGGAUGCAACGCAGGUCGAGCGGCACGUUCGUGUCUGUUUUCUUGCGUAUUCUUUACCGGCAUGCAUUUCGGAACAAUAGAAUACCUUUUCUCUUUUUUUUUCUUAGUUGCUAAACGCAUAUGAUGACAGUGUUUCGGGUGUCUG